AAGGCCACUCUUAUUCUCACUCUUAUCACUCAUUGGUCAUUCUUAAGCUCUCAAAUAUGGGAGCAUUUUCAUUACUUACUCUUUUCCUUCUUUUUAAUUUUGGUACAUUUUUCACUACUUUAGCAUGCCCUUAUUGCCCAUAUCAACCACCUCCUAAGCCACCCAAGCCAGCUUGUCCCCCUCCUGAGCAUCCACCACACUCGAAGCCGCCUCAUUCGCCCUCCGGAAAGCCGCCGAGCUACCCUCAUAAACCUCCUCAUCAUGAUCAACCCCAUAAACCACCUCAUUCUCCCUCCGGAAAGCCGCCGAGCUAUCCUCACAAACCACCUCAUCAACAACCACCUCACCAUCCUUACAAACCACCUCAUCAACAACCACCCCAUAAACCACCUCACCAUCCUUACAAACCACCUCAUCAUCCCUACAAACCACCUAAGCCGCCUUCCUCGAAACCACCUCACCAUCCUUACAAACCACCUUACACACCUAAACCCCCUACAGGUUCACCUCCCAAGUCUCCUCCUUACACUCCUAAACCACCUCAUCAUACCCCUAAACCUCCUGUUGUAACCCCACCUUACACUCCUAAACCACCUCACACCCCUAAACCUCCUGUUGUGACCCCACCUUACACACCUAAACCUCCGGUUAGCCCACCGCAUUACCCGAAACCACCCGUUGUAAGCCCUCCAUACAGCCCACCUUACACUCCUAAACCCCCCAUUGUGAGCCCACCAUACACACCAAAACCGAGCCCACCCUAUACCCCUAAACCCCCGGUUGUGAGCCCACCAUACACACCAAAACCGAGCCCACCAUAUAGCCCACCCUACACACCUAAACCGCCAAGUGUGAGCCCACCAUACACACCAAAACCACCAAGUGUGAGCCCACCAUUCACACCAAAACCACCAAGUGUGAGCCCACCAUACACACCAAAACCACCAAGUGUGAGCCCACCUUACACACCAACACCACCAAGUGUGAGCCCACCUUAUACACCAACACCACCCAGUGUGAGCCCACCAUACACACCAACACCUCCAAGUGUGAGCCCACCAUACACACCAACACCAACACCCCCAGUAGUAACCCCACCAUACACACCAACACCCCCAAGUGUAAGCCCAACUCCACCAACAACCCCGGUACCAUCACCGGAAACACCAUGCCCACCACCGCCUUCGAAACAACCAACAUGCUCCAUUGACUCCCUUAAGUUGAAUGCAUGUGUUGACGUGCUAGGAGGACUAAUACACAUUGGCAUAGGAAGUGGUGCUAAGGAUGCAUGUUGUCCUGUGUUAGGUGGUCUAGUUGGUUUAGAUGCUGCAGUUUGUCUUUGCACCACAAUUAGGGCUAAGCUUUUGAAUAUUAACAUUAUUCUUCCUAUUGCUCUUCAAGUUUUGGUUGAUUGUGGCAAGACUCCUCCUCCUGGAUUCCAAUGUCCUGCUUAUUAGUUCUUUUUUUUUUUUUUUUUUUUCAUUUAUGUCUUUUUAAGUGAUAAAAGUUUUGGUGAAUAAAGUUCAUGUUAUAUUUUACGCUAGUGUUAUGAUGGUUUCUAACACUACUUGACAAUUUGUAUCUUUAAUUAUUUAUAUAUAAUGUUUAACGUGUAGUA